GAAGGGCCGGACCUGGGAACCAUGGGGUGCCGUGGUGCAGGAAGGGGAGCUGGUGGGGAGAAACCUCAGUGAGCAGCUGUCCUUGGGCAGGGAAGCGUUUCUCAGUCUCCUUGGCCGUCCUUGCUUGGAGCAGCACCGUGGCACGGCUUGGCUCUCUGCCCCAAGGACGGAGCGGGGUUACAGGGGUGACUGCGGAGGCGGCUCUGCUUGGGGACGGGCGCAGUGGGUGGCAUCGCCCUGCGGGUCCCGCAGCUCCGGCUGCAGCCCGGCUCCGGGUUUGCAAACAUUUGCUCGACAACCGUCGGUGCGUUUCCUGCUCGGCGGGGCGUCACGAGGCACGGGGAAAGUUUGCUGAGUGAGUAAGAGGAGGCGUCCCCGCAUUGGUGACAGCGGGAGGCUGCGGAUGCGGCCGGAGAGCGCUGCGCUCCUGAGCUCCUUUGCUUCUGCCUCUUCCUGAGCCUCUUGCAAAGGGCUGCCGUGAGCCCGGGGAGGAGGAAGAGGAGGAGGAGGAGGAGAAAGAGGAAGGCUGUGGGGUGCGGAAAGGGCUGGAGGCGAUGGAGCAGCCUGAGCCAUGCAGAGCAGCCAGAGAGGAGGAUUCUGCAGCUCCUCCGCCUUGGAUUCUUGCAUUGAGGCUUUCAGCUGCUCUGUGCCUCUCAAUGGAGUUGCUCAAAGCUUCCUUACCCUUUCAAUUACACGGAAGAUCUGACCCAGAAGACUCUGAAUUCCCAAAAUCGCAUUAUGAGCGCUGCCCAAAAUGGCCUUUUGAGCACCUCCACCAGCCCUGAGUGCUGCAGGAUCUUCCCAGGGAGGUUUUCAAAUCCUCCACAAACAGCCUGAGGGCACAAAGCCUUGCUCUGGAGCUGCUCCCAGAAGGAUGCUCCAUGCCGUGCCAUAGGGCUCGAGCUCCAGAUGCCUUCAGUGCGCGAUGAAGGGCUGUUGGGAGCUGGUGGCACAGCCAGAAAGGGGGGAAAACAGCAGAAAAAAAGCAGAAUCAGGAGGAAAAAAAAGCACUGCUGAUGGCAGUGGUCUAAAGGAAGGGCAGUGGUGAAGGAUGCAGAUGGAGAGGGCUGAGCAUCACAACCAUUUGGGUGGAAUAUCCCUUGUGGUUGAACGCGAGCUGCUCCAGUUUGCAGUGUGCAGAGCAGCAUCCCUGGGCCCUUCUGCUGGAAUCCGACGUCUUUUCCAUCCUCCUCUCCUGGAUGAGGCUUCAAAGCUGGAGGAGAAGCUCGGGGCUUUCCCUCGCCCUUCCCUUCCUGCAGACCCCGCUUUUGGAUGCUGAAUCCUCCUUGGAUUAUGGACACAGCCUUACCCAGGCAUCCUCGGAGAAGAUCUGGAGAGCUGGAAAGCUCCUCUUCACCUACCUCACCAGCACCAGCCCCAGCCUCAUCCGGGACCAUAAGCAUCACCUGCGGCACCACAGGAGGUGCUGCUCUGGAAAGGAGCUGGUGGACUGGAUGCUGAAUGCAGAGCUGGGCAUCCAGACAAGGAGCCAAGCCAUCGGCGUGGGGCAGGUGCUGGUGGACGGCGGGGUCCUGACGCACGUGAAACAGGAGUGGCAUUUCCAGGACAAGGACACCCAGUUCUAUCGCUUUGCUGAGUUGGAGCUGAGCCCCGAAGCCCGCAUGGGGCUGCGGGAUGCGGAGGAGCUGCUGGAGGCGGUGACCUUCCUGGCACAGUUGGGGCCUGAUGCACUGCUCACCAUGGCCCUGCGCAAACCGCCUGCCCAGCGCACAGAGGAUGAGCUGGAACUCAUUUUUGAGGAGCUGCUCCACAUUAAAGCCGUGGCUCACCUCUCCAACUCGGUGAAGCGAGAGCUGGCGUCUGUGCUGAUGUUCGAGUCACACCAGCGAGCCGGCACCGUGUUGUUCAGCCAAGGGGAUAAAGGCACCUCGUGGUACAUCGUCUGGAAGGGUUCGGUGAACGUGGUCACCCAUGGCAAGGGCUUGGUGGCCACGUUGCAUGAAGGGGACGAUUUUGGGCAGCUGGCACUUGUGAAUGAUGCACCCCGAGCGGCCAGCAUCAUCCUGAGGGAGGACAACUGCCACUUCCUGAGGGUGGACAAACAGGAUUUCAACCGCAUCCUCAAGGAUGUGGAAGCCAACACCAUGCGCCUGAAGGAGCACGGGAAGGUGGUGCUGGUGCUGCAAAAGAACCUGCAGGGAGGCAGCAGCCAGCCGACCACGACGCGGAGCAGCAGGUACCUGGUGAUGGCUGGGACACCAGAGAAGAUCCUGGAGCACCUGCUGGAGUUCAUGAGGCUCGACGCCACGCUUUACGACCCCGUGGACACACUCCUGGGGGAUUUCCUGCUGACCUACACUGUGUUCAUGCCGACCUCACAGCUCUGCAGGGCUCUGCUGCAUCAUUUCCGCGCAGAGCCGCUGGAUGGCUCAGAGCAGGAGAAAGCCACCUACUGCCUGCACAAGCGCCGCAAGAUCCUGCGCCUGGUGAGCCAGUGGGUGCUGCUCUACGGGCGGCUGCUGCAGGGCGACCGCAGCACCACGGCUCUGCUGCAGAACCUCGCUGACCUGGUGAGCCAGGACCCUCGGCUGGGGGCCAUGGUGCAGGAGCAGGAGCGGCGGCGGCCCCGAGCGAUGGAGAAUGGGGACAGCAGCAUUUCUCCCCAGCCCAAGUCUCGGAGCUCCAUGAGCUGGCUCUCCAGCCAAGACGAGGCGGCUUUGAGCAGCAGCUGUGCCUUAAGAGCCCAGGAUAAAGUGCCCUACGAGAUCUACAGAGCUGACCAUUCGUGCCUGGUGAUGGUGCUGCCCGUCAACGCAUCGGUGCGGGAUGUGCUGCAGUCCCUCGCUCCACAGCUCGGCUGGGAUGAAGAGCACCUCCUGGUGAAGGUGAAUUCAUCCGGAGAGAAAGUGGGGCUGCAGCUGGACGCCGUGGGGGUGUUCACCUCGCUGGGGCUCAACGAGAGGCUCUUUGCUGUCAGCGUGGAGGAGCUGAGCAGUUUGACCCCCCACCCUGAGCAGUUGGGCCCCCACGUUGGCUCCUCGGACACGUUGGAUCUCAUCAGCUCCAAAGACCUGGCCAGCCACCUCACAGACCAUGACUGGAACCUCUUCAAGAGCAUCCACCAGGUGGAGAUGAUCCACUACAUCGUGGGGCCACAGAAGUUCCACGAGGUGACGACAGCCAACCUGGAGCGAAUGAUGCGGCGUUUCAACGAGCUACAGUACUGGGUGGCCACCGAGCUGUGCCUCUGCCCUGAGCUGGGCAGGAGAGCCCAACUGCUGCGCAAGUUCAUCAAGCUGGCUGCACACCUCAAGGAGCAGAAGAAUCUGAAUUCCUUCUUCGCGGUGAUGUUUGGUGUGAGCAACACAGCCGUGAGCCGCCUUGCCAAGACCUGGGAGAGGCUGCCCCACAAGAUCCGUAAGCUGCACGCGGCGCUGGAGCGGAUGCUGGACCCAUCAUGGAACCACCGGGUCUAUCGUCUGGCCGUCGCCAAGCUGAGCCCCCCCAUCAUCCCCUUCGUCCCCCUCCUCCUUAAAGACUUGACCUUCAUCCACGAGGGCAACCGCACGCUGGCCGAGAACCUCAUCAACUUUGAGAAGAUGCACAUGAUGGCGAAGACGGUGCGCGUCCUGCAGCGCUGCCGGGGCCAGGCACAUGCUCCGCUGUCCCCACUGCGGAAUCGCUCCCCACACCGACCAGAGGAUGCCAGGGCCGUCAGGAUCAGCACAUGCUCGGAGCAGUCGCUGAGCGUGCGGAGCCCCGUCUCCACCUGGGCGUAUCUGCAGCACCUGAAAGCCAUCGACAGCCAGAAGGAGCUGCUGCGGCUCUCCAGAGACCUGGAGUCCUGAUGGGCAGGAGGGAAAGGGAGCCAGGACUCAGCAGGGACGUGGCACUGUGUGUGCUGAUGGCACAGCAGCCCCGUGCCUCUGCUAUGGGAGCCAGACCUGUCCGUGCAGUCGGGAGCUCACGGGGGCUGUGGGCAGGUGAGGCCACGGACAGCAGGGUCUGCAGCCCCCACGCAGUGAGCAAUAGAGGUAUUUUUGUAUGCAA